AUGAACGUCGCAAUAACAGACGAGAACGCGUCCGAGCAAGAGCUCAGCAAUGGCAGCUUGUUGAGACGGCGGACAAAUCAGAGUCCGCCAGGAUUGACGCGCGCUAACAAACUUGUAGCCCCUUACGCACCCACCACAGCCGCCGUCGGAGGUCGACCAACCAUCGAAACAGACAUCCCAGCAAUCUCUGUCUUCCUGCUACUCUACAUCGGCGGCGCAGUCUGCAACAUGACAAUCUUCCAGAUGAACAGACGUAAGGGCCACAAAUUCCUGGCCUCGUGGGCAAUGUUUGGUUUCUGCAUGGCUCGCAUAACGAGCUGUAUCUUGCGAAUCGCAUGGACAACAAGGAUCCACAACGCCCGUCUCGCCAUCGCCGCAUCAAUUUUCCUCAAUCUCGGCGUCAUGGUCGUCUAUGCCGUCGUCCUUGUCCUGGCGAAUCGUAUCCUCAGAGCAACUCAACCACGACUAGGCUGGAACCCUACACUGAGAAAGGCAAUCAAGAUCUCAUACAUCGGCAUCGUUGUUGUCGUUGUUCUACUGCUCAGCUUCAUUAUCGCAUCAGUCGAGACUCUAGACCAGAACGUCAGAAGAGCAUCCNUCUGGAUUCAACGAGCAUCAAAUCUCUACCUUCUGCUAAUCAACUGCCUCGCGCCAAUCUUUCUCAUCCUCUCCUGUCUCCUCCCAACAGACCCAGAAAGCGAGGAUUUUGGCUCCGGAAGCAUGCGCUCGAAGAAAGUUGUCCUUGGAGUAGCCAGCUUUUUCUGUCUUUUCAUCUCCGGUUUCCGCUGUGGUACCAUCUGGGCUGCACCCAGACCAGCCUCGGAUCCUGCAUGGUAUGACCACAGGGCUCUGUUCUACAUCGUUCUGCUGGGCUUCGAGGUUGUGGUGAUUUACCUCUUCAUCUUUACCAGAUUUGAUCAGAUGUUUUGGGUUCCCAAUGGCAGUCAAGGUGCUGGAGACUACUCUAAGGCACAUGGAAAUGUUGAUGAGAACGUUGCUGAGAAGGAGGCGGCGUUCGAUUCGGAUGUGCAGUCUGUUUAA